CUAUCUGACGGUUAUGUGCUUCUUCUUGUCUGAUUUCAUUUUACGAUAUUUUGUAUUAUAUAUCAUUGACGUGGAAGUGAAUUUUGCAUUUAUAAAAAAACUUCAGUGAAAAGAAUUCAGUUGCAAUAUAAAGGAAAAAUUAAGGAAUUAAAUAAUAAUCCUGACGAAGUAUUAAUAAGCGGACCUUAUUUAAUAUGCUAACGAAUUUCGAGUCUAAGUCUGCGCGUGUUAAGGGGUUGUCUUUUCAUCCUAAGCGCCCAUGGAUUUUGACAAGCUUACACAGCGGUGUUAUUCAGCUAUGGGACUAUCGAAUGCAUACUUUGCUUGAAAAAUUUGAUGAGCAUGAUGGCCCAGUUCGUAGUGUAGCAUUUCAUCAUCAGAUGCCCCUGUUUGUAUCAGGAGGGGACGAUUACAAAAUUAAAGUAUGGAAUUAUAAGCAAAGGCGAUGCAUUUUCACUCUGCUAGCUCACUUGGAUUAUGUUCGGACGGUUGCCUUCCAUCAUGAGUACCCAUGGAUACUUAGCGCAUCUGAUGACCAGACAAUUCGCAUCUGGAACUGGCAAUCACGAAACUGCAUUUGUGUUCUUACUGGACAUAACCACUAUGUAAUGUGCGCUCAGUUCCAUCCUACGGAAGAUCAAAUCGUAUCAGCUUCCCUGGAUCAAACAGUAAGAGUUUGGGACAUUUCGGGGCUACGCAAGAAAAAUGUGGCUCCUGGCCCCGGAGGGUUAGAAGAGCAUCUCAAGGGACAUCCUGGAACUACGGAUCUGUUUGGGCAAGCUGAUGCCGUGGUAAAACAUGUUCUUGAGGGUCAUGAUCGCGGUGUUAACUGGGCUAAUUUUCAUCCGACUUUACCUCUUAUUGUGUCCGGAGCGGAUGAUCGUUUAGUUAAGUUAUGGCGGAUGAAUGAAUACAAGGCGUGGGAAGUUGACACUUGUCGUGGCCACUAUAAUAAUGUUUCUUGCGUACUGUUCCAUCCACGGCAGGAUCUAAUUUUGUCCAAUGGAGAGGAUCGCAGCAUACGUGUGUGGGAUAUGACCAAAAGACAAUGCUUGUUUACGUUCCGUCGUGAUGGAGAAAGAUUCUGGAUAUUGACUGCGCAUCCUACGCUAAACCUUUUCGCUGCUGGCCAUGAUGGAGGUAUGGUUGUAUUUAAAUUAGAACGAGAACGGCCAGCCUACGGUGUACAUGGAAAUAUUUUGUAUUAUGUGAAGGACCGUUUCUUGCGCAAACUUGAUUUCACCACAACUAAAGAUACUGUUGUGAUGCAAUUGCGAGGUGGUGGUAAACCUCCAGUACAUAGUAUAUCUUUUAAUCCGGCAUUGAAUGCUGUUCUUGUAUGUAGUCGCAAUUUGGAAAAUAGUACGUACGACUUAUGCCAAAUACCCAAGGAUGCUGAAUCUCAAAAUGAAAAUGACAGCAAACGUUCGUCGGGCAUCACCGCAAUUUGGGUAGCUCGCAAUCGCUUCGCAGUGCUUGAUCGAAAUCAACAGCUCGUAAUAAAAAACUUCAAAAACGAGGUUACUAAAAAAAUUCCCACGUUUUGUGAGGAAAUAUUUUAUGCAGGCACGGGAAUGUUGCUUAUUCGUGAUCCCGAAUAUGUAACAUUGUAUGAAGUCCAACGUCUUGUAUCAGUGGGAUGCAUUAAACUAGCUAAAUGUCGGUAUGUCGUGUGGUCUUCUGAUAUGUCACUCGUCGCUCUCCUCUGUAAGCAUUCUGUUACUAUUUGUGAUCGACGUCUGCAGUAUCUGUGUACAAUACAAGAAAACUGUCGUGUAAAAUCUGGCGCUUGGGACGAUUCUGGUGUUUUCAUAUAUACGACAAGCAAUCACAUCAAAUACGCCAUUACGAAUGGUGAUCAUGGCAUUAUCCGCACUCUUGAUUUGCCAAUUUAUUUAACGCGUGUUAAAGGCAAUCAAGUAUUUUGUUUAGAUAGGGAAUGCCGUACCCGAGUGCUUCACAUUGAUCCCACGGAGUACAGAUUCAAAUUGGCAUUAAUCAAUCGCAAAUAUGAUGAAGUUCUGCAUAUGGUGCGUAAUGCACGAUUGGUCGGUCAAAGUAUUAUAGCGUAUCUACAGCAGAAAGGUUAUCCUGAAGUAGCUCUUCACUUCGUGAAAGAUGAAAAGACCCGAUUCGGAUUGGCGUUGGAAUGUGGCAACAUUGAUAUAGCCUUAGAAGCUGCAAAAGCCCUGGACGAUAAAGAUUGUUGGGAUCGACUGGGGCAAGUGGCUCUUUUACAAGGAAAUCAUCAGAUUGUCGAAAUGUGUUAUCAACGUACCAAGAACUUCGACAAGCUGAGUUUUCUUUAUCUUAUUACUGGCAAUUUGGAAAAACUGAAGAAAAUGAAUAAAAUUGCUGAAAUUCGAAAAGAUGUGUCAGCCCAAUAUCAAGGCGCCUUACUUUUGGGCGAUGUCAAAGAGCGCGUCAACAUUUUAAAAAACUGUGGACAAAUGUCGCUAGCAUAUCUUACAGCUGCUACGCAUGGCCUAGAUGAACAGUCUUCAGCCUUACAAGAAAUUAUUACACAAGAGGGAAAUGUGUUACCUGAAAUUAACCCUAAUGCAAUCUUGCUCAACCCACCUGUUCCGAUACAGCACGUUGAGAGUAACUGGCCUUUGUUAAGUAUAUCGAGAGGUUUCUUUGAGGGUGCUAUGAUAACACGUGCAGCCACUAGUGCAACUGCUCGACAAGCCUUGAAUGUUAAUGCUGAUGGAGCUUUAGAUGUUGGCGGAGGCGAUGGAUGGGGGGCUGAUGCUGAUUUAGGUAUGGAAGAUGACGGCAAUGACGAAAUGCACGACGCUAUUGAUACUGAGCCGGAUGCUGAUGGUCCAGACGAUGCUAUCGCCGGUUGGGAUGUAGGUGAUGAUGAUGUGGUCGUUCCGGAAGAAUUGGCAUCCAAAAUUAAAGCAUCAGCUCUGGAUAAUUGCUAUUACGCGGCACCAAAUAAAGGCAUUUCGGCCGCUCAACAUUGGUCUAAUAAUUCACCUUUAGUAUUGGACCACAUCAAAGCGGGAUCUUUUGAAUCUUCCUUUCGUCUAUUGCAUGAUCAAAUUGGCGUUAUUAAUUUUCAGCCUUUUAAAGCUUUAUUCAUGCAAAAUUAUACAUGCGCAAGGACCAGCUUCACAGCAAUUCCAAAUUGUUUGCCUCUUUUUGCCCAUCCUUUAAGAAAUCCUACUGAGAAUAACAUAAAACAACAGCGUCCUGCUCUGGGUAUUAAACUAAAUGAUUUGGUUCAACGUUUACAAACGGGAUAUCAACUGACAACCGCCGGCAAAUUCUCGGAAGCAAUUGAAAAAUUUCAUUUGAUUUUAAUAAGCAUUCCUCUGUUAGUCGUUGACACUAGACAAGAUAUCGCGGAAGCUCAGCAAUUAUUAAAAAUAUGCUCCGAAUACAUUCUUGGACUAAAAAUGGAAACGGCUCGAAAAAGUCUGCCCAAAUCUUCAUUAGAAGCACAAAAGAGAUUAUGCGAAAUGGCCGCUUAUUUCACACACUGUAAGCUUCAACCAGUGCAUCAAAUUCUCACAUUGCGUACCGCCUUAAAUAUGUUUUUCAAGCUGAAAAAUUACAAGACCACCGCUUCUUUCGCUCGCAGAUUGUUAGAAUUAGGUCCGCGCCCGGAGGUUGCACAACAAGUGCGCAAAAUAUUGCAAGCUUGUGAAGUUAAUCUCGUCGAUGAGUACCAAUUACAAUAUGAAGAGUUUAAUCCAUUUAAUAUUUGUGGCAUUAGUUAUAAACCUUUAUAUAGAGGUAAGCAGCCCGAAAUCAUCUGUCCUUUUUGCUGUUCUUCGUAUGAUCCCCAGUUCAAAAACAAACUAUGCAAUGUUUGUGAAGUCAGCCAAAUAGGUAAGGAAUGUAUAGGGCUACGCAUUUCAAAUUUACAGUUCCGUUAAAAGGUUUUGAUAUAAAGUGACGAAACUAUUAUAUGGGCGUAUACUUAUAUAAGCUCUGAAUCAUCUAAACAUGCAAGUGUCGCAAGCGAGUAUGCCUACAUAUAAAGAAUAAUAAAAUUAUAAAGUAUAAAAAUCCUACAGGAAGGAACAUAUCUUCGACUGCAUUCAUUUAUUUGUUUUAAUAUCUCAUUAUAAACCACAAAAGGCUCUUCUCCCAUCUUUUGAACAAGUUUUUUUUAAAUUAUAUUCACAGGAAUUGCACUACAUAAGCUUGGUAUGAAUAAUUCUUAAAAUUCGUUAAUGGGUUCGCUUGAAGAUCCUUCUUCAUACAUAGUGAUAACGUUUGCUAAUUGUUUUGAUAAGUUUCUCGUAAUCAACCAAGCUUAGUAGAGUAGGUGGUUUGAAGGCUUCCAUCUUUUCUGCCGCUUAAUAAUGAUUGUCUUUCUUGUAAUAACACAUUAAGACUUGAUGGAGUUUUUAAUGCUUUCAACUUAGUGCCACCAAUGUCUGAGCAUAACUAGAUUAUUAUUUGGCACCACUACGACUAGAUAGGCGUAUAUUUGAUUGGAAGCUCAGGAAUUUCUUUGGAGUGUGGAGCAUUGAGAUUUUCCAAGCAAUAUACGCUUAACACUCCAUAAGGAAUGCGAGUAGCUGUAAAAUAUGUAGAAGAGGAAAAUAGCAACCAAGAAUUUCUGCGAAUAAAGACAGUCUCAAUUCUUCAUUACCAACACUUUCUCAUAUUGUACGAGAAAAGAAUCAAUUUUUAUUGACUAUUAGCUGAUCUUCUUCAAGAAUUUAAUUUACUUAACUCUCUAUAACUUAAAAUAAAAAACAGGACAUUUUC